AAAAGCAUAUAAAACAAUAUAGCAAAUCAUGGAGUAAGUCUGGUUUCUCCUUUUUAUAAAGUUUAUCAAGCAACCUAGGGAAAGAAUCUAAUGGAAAAUUUUAAGAAAUCCCGAUUUGAUGGUACUGAUUUGGUCUGCAACCUACGGCUGUUCUAAACGCUGAGAACAGGAGAGAGACAGAAUAAAAAACUCCAUUACAUCAUUGUAUUUGGUAAAUCAAGAGAUCAUGUUCUCAUAGCCCAUGCAAUUUGGAUGACGGUGAUUUUCCGUAUAAGUUAUUCUUUUGAAGACGCUUUUUCUUUCCUGCUUGACGACAUUUGGGUAGUGUGAAAAUGUUGCUUAUUUGAGUAGGCACUUCACAAAAUGAAUGAGAGAGACCUACAAUACUAAGAGCGGGUCUCUGGAAUUCUAUCUCAGAUACCUCCUGAGUGUAUAUAGUGGAUUGCUGAGGUGGAUUCCUUGCAUUCAAUAACCAUAGUUGGGUGACUAGGCCCAGCUGAAGGCUAAUGCUUUGGCAGGGGUCUUCGACCUGAAACUUUUUAUAUAUGUGGUCAAAUCAAUCCCUUUUUGGUUCAUAUAAUUUGGUAUUCCUAGUGAUUGAGAUUUUGGUAAGAGCAGAAUUUCAUGAUUAGAUCACGAUUGCAAAUUAAUGUGAUAUUGGCACCAGCAAGUACUCCAUAAUUGGAUUUGUCAAAAUUCAUAAGAAUUUAGGUCUGAUCUCCAAGUUAAGCAUAAUUAAUAUAGAAUUGUCAUUCCCAAAUACCCAAUAAUCGGAUUUGCUUAAACGUUUUUCGAUUUCAGGGCUCAUCUCCCAGAGUUAUCAAGAUUGAAAUACCUAAUUAUGCAAUUUGGUAUUGGCUGGAUCUCACACAUGAUAGAGCAAAUCUGGACUUCUAAUACAGAAUAGCGUCGGGCCUGAGGUUUUAUGACUGGGGCAAGGAUGCAAAUCCAUGGUGGAAUCACCCAAGAAUAAUGUGAACAUACUAGCAUCGGGCCUUUCCAAUUUAUUUGAUUUUGGAUUUGGAGGGAUCUUGGAGAGUGCCCACUAUCAUUGCGAGCAAAAUAGCAAAUCUGGACUUUUUGUUUAUGAUAAGGUCAAGGAUGCAGACCUAAAUUAGAACUGCAGGUGAUUGAUGCAGGCUUAUUAGCAUUGAGUCCUCAAUUAUUGAAUUUGUUAUUUAGGACUUAUAUUUGCUGGAUGAAAUCUUGAGACUGAAAAUAUACACGACAGCAAAUCGGGUUAAUUUGGCUUCCAAUAAGACAUUCGAGAAAAAAUUGUUUACAGGCGAAUGGACAAGUUCUAGAUGGCAGAAUUACCUGGAGAUUCGGCCCCUUCACCUGGCAUUUCUUCAGACAAUGUCAAGGGAUUGCUUCUUGCACUUUCCUCCAGUAUUUUUAUUGGUGCCAGCUUCAUUGUGAAGAAAAAGGGACUAAAGAAGGCUGGAUCUGCAGGAAUUAGAGCAGGAGUGGGAGGUUAUUCUUACCUAUAUGAGCCACUUUGGUGGGCAGGCAUGAUUACUAUGAUUGUUGGGGAGGUUGCAAAUUUUGCAGCCUAUGCAUUUGCUCCAGCUAUUCUUGUCACCCCUUUAGGUGCACUCAGCAUUAUUAUUAGUGCAGUACUUGCACAUAUCAUACUGAGGGAGAAGCUACACAUAUUUGGUAUUCUAGGUUGUGUUCUUUGUGUUGUUGGUUCCACAACAAUUGUCUUGCAUGCCCCUCAAGAACGGGAUAUUGAGUCUGUGAAGGAAGUGUGGGAUCUUGCAACUGAACCAGCAUUCUUGUUAUAUGCAGCUGUGGUAAUAGCAGCUACUUUGGUUCUCGUGUUCCAUUUUGUUCCACAGUAUGGGCACACUCAUAUUAUGGUAUACAUUGGUGUUUGUUCCCUUAUGGGGUCUCUUUCGGUUAUGAGUGUCAAAGCGUUAGGAAUUGCUCUGAAGUUAACGUUUUCAGGGCUGAAUCAGCUUAUAUAUCCACAAACUUGGGCAUUUGCCUUGGUAGUGGGUAUUUGUGUUAUAACUCAAAUGAAUUAUUUAAACAAGGCUCUCGACACUUUUAACACGGCAGUUGUUUCUCCCAUUUACUAUGUGAUGUUCACAUCAUUUACCAUACUUGCGAGCAUCAUCAUGUUCAAGGACUGGGACAGGCAAAAUCCAUCUCAAAUUAUCACUGAAAUGUGUGGAUUUGUCACAAUACUCUCAGGGACAUUUUUGCUGCAUAAAACCAAAGAUCUUGGGGAUAGCUUAUCAUCUGGAGCAAGUGUUUAUGCAAGUUUGUCACCGUCUUUUCCUUCACGCGUUUCGAAGCAUCCUCAAGAAAAUGGGUGCACAAAUGAGGAGAUUCCACUUCGACGUCAAGAUUCUUUUGCUUGAUGCAAUUACUUGAUACUCACAAUGAAAUGGUAUUUUCCACAAGAUACUUUUGACACAGCAUCCUACUAUGUAACCAUAGAGUAUUCUAAGAUUCUUUCUUCUCAGCUGCUGAUGUUGAUUUCAACAAUUUUCUCAUUAAUGAAAAGAGUGGCAGAUUAUGAUGUUUCCUCAGAGAAUAUCGAAGUAGGCACAGAUGCACGGUUCAAUUGUAUAUGAAAUUCAAUCUGCCAGUAUAUUAUCAUUGUGAAUUUCAGCUUUUAUAAUAUGCCAUAAUGGUUGAUCAGUUCACAUCUGAAAGCAGGAGCAGUUAUCCAGAUCCAAAUCUUGUUCACUUGUCUAACUUUAUAUACUCUUUUACCACAAACUUGUGAAGUUACAUUCUUCAUUCUAGUCAAUGGUUGGAUUUUUUGGUUCACUCAUCAAGGAUUGGAGGUAAUCCUAUUAAUCCUAUAUGAGAAAACAGUGCUACUUGGUGAUGCUUCUCCUAAUAUUUCUCAUUGUUUCAAUUCA